AUGGAUGAAAUUUGUAAUAUAUUAAAGGAAUACACAGAAACACCAAGUGAUAAUAUAAUUGAUUUAUUCAAAGAAUACACUGCUAACCCAAAAGAUAAAACGGAAGUUCACGCUAAACUCCAAGAGCCGGACUAUUCUAAGCUAAUGGCAUUUGAUGCUAACGGUUUGUACGCUUCCGCCAUGUCGGAUUUAGAUAGCGAAUAUCCGAGAGCGGAAAGUGCCAGAGGAAUUCUCUCUCUACCUUUAACUAAUUCAUUCACCGAUGAAGAUUUACAGAAAAAAUGGAAAAGACAGAAAGAAAUAAAGGGUAAAACCCUCCCUUCCCCGAAAACUAAUUAUUUGCAAAAUAUUAAUUUCAUAUGUUCCUAUCAACAUCAAUCAUCUAGUUUAGCGGCGUGGGGUAAUUCAUCUAAUCUACCAAUGAAUUUGAAAAAGGUCGAGGAUGUAGACAUUGCAAAAUACACAAAAGAUAAUUGGGAACCUUUAAGACACGAAUGGGAACCUUACGCUAAAAGAGAAACGUUAUGUCUCGGAGCUUGUUUGAUAAAAUACAAUCAAGCAAUGAAAGAAGUUGUAUUUCAGAAUAUUUCCAAUAUUCUAACGGCUCUUUCUUUAUAUUUUAAGGGUUGGUAUUAUUUAUAUCAUUACGAUAAAGAAAUGGUUGAAGAAGAAUGGUAUGAAAGUACUAGAAUGGUUCCGAAACACACCGAAAAAGAAAACGUAGAAAAAGUUUACUCACCCUUUUAUAAGAUAUUUUAUCAGACAAGAGUUUCGGCAAAUCGAAAAUCAUUUGAAAAGAAUAAAAUGGAUGAAAUUUGUAAUAUAUUAAAGGAAUACACAGAAACACCAAGUGAUAAUAUAAUUGAUUUAUUCAAAGAAUACACUGCUAACCCAAAAGAUAAAACGGAAGUUCACGCUAAACUCAAAGAGCUGGACUAUUCUAAGCUAAUGGCAUUUGAUGCUAACGGUUUGUACGCUUCCGCCAUGUCGGAUUUAGAUAGCGAAUAUCCGAGAGCGGAAAGUGGUAGACCAUUUCGACAAGAAGAAAAUUAA